AUGUCGCUCAACAUUCCAGACAACCCCGCACCUACGGGGUACGUUCCCCGUCCUGCCGACUACACUUCGGCCAUUGAGAAGGCUACUCUGCUGCUAUCAGAGCUCAGAGCUUCUUCGGAAUGGGAAGAUGCUGGAGAGAGGGAAGAGGUCAAGUUGACCAAGAUUGUCGAUCCUGCCGACCCCUAUGCUGUGCCCACCACCAGAGGAGAGACGAUUGUGGAGAACGCUACGCCCGCAAAGGUGCUCGCAGCUCUCAUGUUGCCAGGUGAGUGUCCAGAAUGACUGCGAAAGCCUGCGGAUACAUGCAUACACUGGUAGACAAGCUCUGGGUGCUAGCCGAAGCGCAUACGUGCAUCCACUCGCGUAUUCGUCCUAACAGAUAGGCCUCAAAUACUGCGAUUCUGCCCCGAGACUCGAUAGCUCUGGCUGGCUUGUGCUCACAAUGUGUCCCUUCUUUCCCACGCAGGUAUCCGCAAGAAGUGGGACCCUCGUCUAGAGGAAGGUUAUCCCAUCGCUCGCUUCUCCCAGUCCUCUUACGAGCUGUACAGCGUGAUGAAGUCUCCCUCUUACUUCAUUUGGGCACGCGACAUUGCGGCGGUCCAAGAGUCUCAUUGGAAAGAUGGAAAUGUGGAGAUGAUCCAAGUCAGCGUGACGGAUGAGGAAAACUUGCCGGACGCCGGAAGUUAUGCAAAGAGCCGAACGCGCGCUACUGUGGACAUUUCGGGAUGGAACAUCGAACAGGAUGGCGACAAUGUCAAAUUGAGCUACAUCGUAAAGGUCCACUUGAACGGUGAGCCAGCAUACACAGCAUCGGCGACCUUGCAGUAGGCUGUAGGAAAAAGAGACGAGCGAUCUGACCCAUCUCCACAUUGCCACUCACCACGAUUUUGCAGGAAACAUUCCAACCUCGGUAGUGUCCAUGCUGGCCCAAGAGACGCCAAUGUGCGUCGGCAGAGUCCGAGAUGUCUUCUACCAGCACGGUUUCGUACCCUACGAGGUCAUGUCCGGACACAGCAAGGGAGAGUACCCAGAUCACAAGGUCGUUUCAGUCACUCAAGUAUUCGAGGACGGCGAUGGCACCGAGGCUACUGCAGGUGCUCGCAAGUGGACCGGUUCUUACCGCGGUGAGUAGAGCUUCCCAUUGCGCAGGGGUUGGUACCUUUCAAGCUCGCAUCUAAUGUCUUCACACUAUUUCUUUGGUUGUCCGGGAGCAGGCGCUGAGCCGGACACGAUUCACAUUGCGUACGAUGGCGAACGUAUGUACAAGGAUGGAGUGAACGUGACGAUCGGCGGAGAAGGCGCUUCGGCCGUUAGCUCGUCGGUAGAUGAGGCCAAGAGCAUUAUCAGCGUCACUGUGGGCGCUGAAGCGAAGGACAAGGACUUUACUGUCACUGUCGAGCCCAAGUGA